AUGGUCAAGUUCACCGCCUCUAUUCUCGCUCUGGCCAUGGCUGCCGCCGUGACAGCCGCACCGGCCCCGUCCUCUGAGACGACCUUCUCUUUCGCUUCAUGGGUCGAGGACAUCAUCGCCAACCCUGACACGGCUCUCAGCCCCGAGCAGGCCGUUGCGGCGGCCAACUCUGCCGCCCUCGUCUCCUCUGCUGGCGGGCUCACCAAGAGAGCCGAGUGCGUAGCCAGCUACAAGGAUGCUCCGUCCGCAGAUGCCGCGGCUUGUCUCGACGAUCUCGCUCGCAAGGGGGCCGCAGGCACCAACUGCGUUGUUGCGCAGUCACAAAUCCAGAUGUGCCGAAUCGGAGGCGCUCAGCUCAUUAGCACUAGAGGCAACACCGGCACAUAUACUGUGAACUGCAACGAAAUUGCCCGUACCGGAGGGCUCAUCUUCGACUCAUGCUACCGCGCCGACAACACCGUGAAGGGCAAGGAGUACGUUGCCGCUAACAGAAACAUCCAGGUCAAUAUCCUGGGAAUCUAA